AUGAAAGGUCUGCCAUUGCUAACAUCGUUCAGGAGGUGUCGGUGCCGUGUUUUUCACAUAUUGCCGUUGACAUAGAUCUAAAAGUCUUCGAAGAUGACCAGCAACGUCCUUAUCAACAAUAAACAGGAAUUGCUGAAUGCAAAUAAACAGUUCUUCCAACCACCAGUGUGCAACAAAAUGAUGCACCAAAAGGGGCAGAUGAAAUCAUUUUUUGUUGGUGGACCAAAUAUCAGAAAAGAUUACCACAUAGAGGAAGGAGAAGAGAUGUUCUAUAUGGAGAAAGGUGACAUGUGCUUAAAGAUAGUAGAACAUGGAAAGCACAGAGACAUACCAAUAAAGGAAGGGGAGGUAAACAUGGCUUCUCAUCAUGCAUUGCACUCGCCUCAAAGACAGAAGAACACCAUUGGUUUGGUGUUAGAGAGGGAGAGACCUGAAGAUGAACUGGAUGGGUUAAGGUAUUAUGUUGAAGGCACAACUGAUUCCUUGUAUGAGAAAUGGUUCCACUGUACAGAUUUGGGAACUCAGUUAGUUCCAGUCAUCAAUGCAUUCUUUGAAUCAGAGCAGUAUAAAACAGGAAAACCUAUCCCUGAGGAGCUACCUGAUAAACCACCGGUGGAAUUAGAUUCAGAUGUAUCAGUUGAAAUGCCAUUCUCGUUGAGAGGAUGGAUAGAAAAGAAUAAAGAAGAAAUUCAAUCUAAAGGAUAUAAGAAGAUAUUUGCUGAUCAUUACCAGCAUUCUAUAACAGUGUGGGGUAGUGGUGAGGAGAAGGGUGGUAGCGAUGUUGCAGAGAUCUGGAUGUGGCAAUUAGAGGGUAAAUCUGAACUGGUUGUUGGUGAUGAGAAGACCAAGUAUGAAGUGAAUAAAGAUGACAUAGUAUUGGUGCCCCAAGGAUGGAAGUACACUGCCAACCGAGGUGAUGGAUCUCUGUGUCUGGUGUGUUUCCAAGAUCCUACUAAAAAGAAACCAUGGAAAAAAGAAUAAUUAAAAUGGCUGUGUUUAUCAUUUUAUCCAGCACAAGUUUUUAGUUUAUUGUCUCGUUUUGAAUUAGAUUAGGAAAUUGUAUUUUUUUUAAUUUUGUUGUGCCAGCAGACGACAGUUCUGGACAUUGAAUGUCACUGUUGUCUCUUGCUGCAAAAUAUGUAUUGCCGAUUUCCCUGAUUAAUAGCUUUGCUGCUACUUUUCUCAGUACUUUGUAAUACAUUUAGAAUCAUUGCUUUUCAUCAUGAUUAGUUACUGUUAAUAUUGGAUAAUCUAUGUUGCAAUGUAUGGUUCUAUAAAGUUGAAAAUUUAACCAAUUUGAACAAUUGGGUUAGGGAUGAAUUCCAUAAAAGUGGAAAGUUGUAAGGUAUUUACAAAUUGAUCAUGUAUAUGUGGAAAGUGGGGAUUUUAAAACUAAGUAAUGACAUCAUAUUACAUCACUUUAUGAUGUCUUUAUCAGUAUGAUACAUGCACAUAAACCUAUUUAAACUCUGGUUACCUUGCUCUAUGUUUUUAUUCUUUGAAAGUAUUGUCACUUGUAUGAUAAACCCAAGAUAAAAUAACCAAAAUUGAGAAGAAACAAUGUAAGCAUUCAAUGACCGAUAUUUGAGAAUUCUGAAUAAUGGUUUGAAUAUAAGAAAAUGAUGAUGCUAAAUUUACCAAAACAGACUGAUUACGAUCAGUUUUAUUAUAUGAAUUCCAUGUUGACUUUUGAAGCAUACCUAAAUUGGUAAAUACAUUUUCAGAACAUGCUGAAUACAAAAAUAACCAAGAAACAAUCACUAUCAGGCAGAAGUAAUUAAAUAUUUUGGUAGUUUUCAAAAAUAACACAAUAAUAUAAAUUUUUGUCAAAGUAUUCUUUACAAUUAGAUUGAAGGUAUGAUCACA